GAGCUCCGGGUGGUAGAAGGAGGAGGGAAGCUCGGGAGGAGGAAGAGGAGGAGGAGGCAGAGGGAUCACGUGCCUGCCGCGGCCGGGUUGAGCUGGAGGAGCGGGAGGAGGAGGAGGAGGAGGAGGUCGAGAAGGAGGGGACAGAGAGAACCUUUGGGCUCCCUGAUUACAAGCGAGCCCUAGCUCAGGGCUCCGCUUCAUUCAUGAAAGCCGCCCGGGUUAGCAGCAGCCUCGGCGGCUCCGGAGGCAGCAAGAGCAGCUCAGCCAGUGGCCCCUCCUCCUCCCGAGCUCCCGCAUCCCCCAACCUCCUCUGUUCACCUUCAUCUUUCGCCCGAAGCCAGAAGGUAGACCAAGUCUCAAACCAUGAAUUAUGUGGGGCAGCUGGCUGGGCAAGUCAUUGUUACUGUGAAGGAGCUCUACAAGGGCAUUAAUCAAGCCACACUCUCUGGAUGCAUUGAUGUUAUUGUGGUCCGGCAGCAGGAUGGCACCUAUCAGUGUUCUCCUUUUCACGUUCGGUUCGGGAAACUUGGAGUCCUCAGAUCAAAGGAAAAAGUGAUUGACAUAGAAAUCAAUGGCGAUGCUGUGGAUCUUCACAUGAAACUGGGGGAUAAUGGAGAAGCCUUCUUUGUCGAGGAGACUGAAGAGGAAUAUGAAAAACUUCCUGCCUAUUUGGCUACCUCACCAAUACCUACAGAAGAUCAGUUCUUUAAAGAUAUUGAGACUCAUUUGAUUAAGUCAGGUGGAAAUGAAAGGAUGUGUCAGAAUGCAGAAAUCUCGCACAUGAUGGAGACAGAAACUGUUUUCAACCCAGGUUCUGUAAAGAAGAAAAAACGACGGAAAAAGAAGUAUAAACAAGAUAAGAAGGAAGAUCAGACCUCAUCUCCUGCAGUGGAGGACACCUUUGAUAUAGAUAUAAGCUCUGAUGAUGAAAAAGGAGCCCAGCCCAGAGGAACUUCAACUACUGCAAUGAAGGAGGAAGACUAUAAAGAAUCUUUGAUCUUCCAUUCCAGUGAUCAUUACCCAUUAUCUGAUGGAGAUUGGUCCCCUUUGGACAACGCCUUCUCCCAGACCAUCUGUCCUAAGAGUGACUCAGAACUUGAAGUGAAACCUGCUGAGAGCUUGCUCAGAUCAGAAUCUCACAUGGAGUGGACCUGGGGGGGCUUCCCAGAGUCUACCAAGAUCAGCAAGAAAGAGAGAUCAGAUCAUCCUCGAACAGCUACCAUCACACCAUCAGAAAAUACCCAUUUUAGGGUCAUCCCCAGUGAUGAUAACCUGGUUAAUGAAGUUGAGAAGGAUGCUUCAGUGGAAGACACUGUGUGUACAAUAGUAAAACCAAAGCCAAGGGCACUCUGCACACAGAUGAGGGAGACAGCCGAUACGACUUCUGUUGCUUCUGCAAUCCUCGAGCCUCCUCUUGAUAGCCCACAAGUUUUAUCUAUGUUAGAUGCAGAUCCUCUCCCUAACCCAUCAGUGGACCCUCCAUCAUCAGAUAUAAAGCCAAUUACUAAACUGGAUUCUCCAUCAAAGAAGAAAGGUGUCCACAAGAGAAGCCAGCACCAGGGGCCUGAUGAUAUUUACCUAGAUGACUUAAAAGUCUUGGAACCGGAAGUUGCAGCACUUUAUUUCCCCAAAAGUGAUUCUGAUCCAGGAUCUAGGCAAUGGACUGAGUCUGAUACUUUGUCUGGCUCCCAGUCUCCUCAGUCAGUGGGAAGUGCAGCUGCUGACAGCGGCACAGAAUGCCUUUCUGAUUCUGCAAUGGAUUUGCCUGAUGUAACCCUCUCACUUUGUGGAGGUCUCAGUGAGAAUGGAGAGAUAUCAAAAGAAAAAUUCAUGGAACAUAUCAUUACUUACCAUGAAUUUGCAGAAAACCCUGGACUUAUAGAUAAUCCUAAUCUAGUGAUACGGAUCUAUAACCGAUAUUAUAACUGGGCCUUGGCUGCUCCCAUGAUUCUAAGCUUACAGGUGUUCCAGAAGAGCUUGCCCAAGGCUACAGUUGAGUCCUGGGUCAAAGAUAAAAUGCCAAAGAAGUCUGGAAGAUGGUGGUUCUGGCGCAAAAAGGAGAAUAUGGCCAAACAGCUACCAGAGGCCAAAGGAGGGAAAUCUGAGGUACCACAAGCAAGUGACUUGCCAAUGAAUGCAAAAGAACAAACAAAUAUGAGGCCAACUGAACAUGAUUCAUCUAGUGACGAGGAUUCCCAGGAGCUUAAAGAUUCUCUCAAAAUCGAUCCUGUCCCAGUAGAACACUUGAGUCAUGGAAGUACUACUUCUUAUAAGAAGUCACUUAGACUUUCUUCAGACCAAAUCGCAAAACUGAAGCUCCAAGAUGGCCCGAAUGAUGUCGUGUUUAGCAUCACAACCCAGUAUCAAGGUACCUGUCGCUGUGCAGGAACCAUUUACCUGUGGAACUGGAAUGACAAGAUCAUAAUUUCGGAUAUCGAUGGAACAAUAACCAAGUCUGAUGCUUUAGGCCAGAUUCUCCCACAGCUGGGCAAAGACUGGACUCAUCAGGGCAUAGCAAAACUCUACCACUCCAUCAAUGAGAACGGGUACAAAUUUCUAUAUUGCUCAGCUCGUGCCAUUGGAAUGGCAGAUAUGACACGAGGCUACCUGCACUGGGUCAAUGACAAGGGAACUAUCCUUCCUCGGGGGCCUUUGAUGUUGUCUCCAAGCAGCUUAUUCUCUGCUUUUCAUAGGGAAGUGAUAGAGAAGAAACCUGAAAAGUUCAAAAUUGAAUGUUUGAAUGAUAUCAAGAACUUGUUUGCUCCAAGUAAAGAACCAUUCUAUGCUGCUUUUGGAAAUCGGCCAAAUGAUGUAUAUGCCUACACACAAGUUGGGGUCCCAGACUGUAGAAUAUUCACAGUGAAUCCCAAAGGAGAAUUAAUACAGGAACGGACCAAAGGGAACAAGUCAUCGUAUCACAGGCUGAGUGAACUUGUGGAACACGUGUUCCCACUUCUCAACAAAGAACAGAAUUCUGCUUUUUCAUGCCCAGAAUUCAGUUCAUUUUGCUACUGGCGAGACCCAAUCCCUACAGUGAACAUGGAUGACCUGGCUUGAAUGUUGUCACCUCUUCAGGAAAAGGGGUCUUCAGAUGCUCAGGCUCGCUGUGAAGAGUGAAAAGCACUUCUGAAGUGGGGGCACAUUCAUCUUACUUUAGAUCCAUAGGUGUUGAGGCACAAACCAUCCAGAGCAGUGAAAGGCCCAGGUGCCUUUUUAGCUUCACUCUCCUGGCUUGGCUUGGGGAUUGAUAGUAUCUGGAACUUAACACUGCCAGAGCCCAUGGUACCAGAAGGUAGAGUGAAGAUGAAGCAUUAGCCUUAAGUUUGUAGUCCUAUGCUUCUCUUGUUGCAUACCUUUUGUAUUUGGUGGUUUGUUUUCUUUUUGUUUUUUUUUCCCCUUUUAAUUGCUGAAAUUAAAAGGUGGAAAGGAGAAGCCAAAAAAAAAAAAAAAAAAGUGCACCAAAAAGUUAUGGAAAGUAGAUUGGAGUAGUCCCCAACCAGGCACUUUGGAUUUGUUUCCAUGUAUUACCAGGGUAUUUUUAGAGGAUUAAUUGUUCAGUAUACUGUUACAGGGCCAAUUGUUAAUUUAGGUACAGAAUCUGUAUAUAUCUGUUCUUAAAAAUCUUACUUGGAAAAUAUGAAAGAAUAGCUGUUAGAUGUACAAAUGUGUUUUUAUCAUAUGUACGGCAAUAUUGGCACUCAUUAAUCAGAUCCCCAUUACUUAUUCAUAUAUUGAAGCUUUGUCAUUUUUCUUCAUUAUAUUCAACAGUGACAUCCUCCUCCCUUCCCCUGUCCCUGAGCCAUACACAUUCUACCCCUUUUAAACAAAGCAAUUCUUAUUUGAAUCUUAAUGUAAGAAGUGGUUUUUCUUACAUUAAAGCAUUGUGAUCUUUUAGGGAAGAAAUUUCUUUACUUUAAUUUUUCUUUUCUGUUAUUGCCCUAGUGAGGCCUUUUUAUUGUUCCACCUCAAGACUUAGCCAAGAAAUUAUACCUGUGCUUAUUUCUUUUACACCAUAAAUAUCAAAUAAUGGGAAUCUCAGUAGAAUUUGUAGGCCAGUAAAGCACAGGCAAAUGCACAUGGUUCCAGAUGUUUCUGAGUGCAUUAUCAGAACUCCAGUUGGCACUGGCUGGCCAUACUUUCUCUUACUCAAUUAGUUCCAUGUUCUCAGGAAAACCAGGUAAGCAUGUUCAUGUCAGGUAAUUUCUCACCUGGGGUGAAGCUGUUUCUGGAAAUCACAGUUGGCAUUAAUUUCAGAAGGCGAAAUCUCUUAGGGAUAAGAUUUAAUUAUGUUGAUCAGAUUUGCUAAAGCAGUGUCCUUCUGUUGGCUACUCUGGGUCUCCCUUCAUGGUUAGAUUGCAAAGAUUAACAUUCAGUUGGGCAUUUUAAUCUGGUCUCAUGACAAAGCCAAGAGAAAUGGAAAGCUUUUUUUGUUGGGUGGUAGGGGAGGGUAGGUAAAGAAGGGUUUCACUGUGGAUUAUUUAUCCCUGAUGAAAAGCUCCAGGACAAUCAUUUGGAGUCCUCAUGUUUGCAGUGUUACAAGUCUAGGUCAGUACAGACAAAUCAGUAUGUGCAGAUUUGGAAUGUAUUGCAUUGAUAGAAAGGUGGGAAGCACAAAAUGGUUUUAUGGGGAGAUAUCUAUAGUGAAGGUAGAGUAAUGAAAUUUGUAGACUUAAAAUUGAGGUGUUUUUACCAGAAAAUCAAUAGCUGGAUUUCCUAGUUUAAUUGAAAAUUGAAGGUAGUUACUAUAGUAUCUCUUGCCACCAGUGGUCUACCUCUCCAAACGGAUGGCACCACAUUAUGAAGAAAUUGAGAGUUUUUGUACUCUAGGUUAUUUUUCAGAAUUCGGGUUGGACACUCAUGACUAGACAAGAGUAACGUCUCUUUGGGGACUGUUCCUUCAGAGUGUCUAUUCUUGGGAACUAGUAGAAAAAGAAAUUUGGAGUGAACUUUGCUAUAUAUAUAUAUAUAAAAGGGUAUAUAUGGGACUAUAUAUAUAGUCCAGUCAUUGAAAAACAGUAAACUGAGAUGGCAGUGGCAUAAAAUGGGAACCAUUUAGGAUAAUAAAACUAUUCCAAUUGAUCUUUCUGUUAUUCCUAGUUCUUUCUAGGAGCCACUUUGAAUGAUAAGCAUUCUCAGUUUUGACCUGCCUUUCCCAUACUGUGAAAAUACUGAUCCUAGAAAUGGGUUAGAGAAAUAGGAUGCGGUCAGUCCUCCAGGUCAGAAUGACUCGGAGUUCUCUUUGUGUCUUAACUAUUGACCCUGGUUGGUUUGAGUUAAUGUGGAGCUCACUUCAAAUGCAAGGGGGAAAACUUGAAAUGCCUUGGAUGAUUUUCUGUGGCAAAACUCAAGAAUCAAAUGUUCCCCAAAUAAGGGGCAAAAGAGUCUCCAGUAUUUCAGAAUGAGUAAUUUGUUUAGGGAGCCAAUUGAAGUAUUUAUCCAUAUUAAGUUAGGGAAAGUAGAUUAUAUUUAUGAAGUUCUACCUAGUGAAUUAAUCAUAGUAGAGAGUGUGUAUAUAUAUAUAUGUAUGUAAUACAUAUAUACAAAUACAUAUAUAUACAUUCACAUGCAUAUAUAUAUAUAGAUAACUUUAUUUUCAUAAAUGCCAGUAGCAUGUCAUCUAUAAAGCUCAUGCUUAUGAGCUCUACUCACCUAACCUCCAGAUGUAAGGGUGUUUGGGGUUAUUUUUUAUACAUACAGUACAAAAAAAUUCUGAAUAUACCCACCCUUUCUUGAGUCCCCAUUCAGAGGAGACACAGGAGUUUGACUGGUUUUAUUUCUCUUUAAUGAACAGUCUUCUCAUUGGACACACAGGCCUUUUUGGAUCCGGCCUUGGAAUAGAAUUCUCAUAUCUAUGUAAUUGCUGUGACUCCACCCUUUUGUGUUAGUGUCAUAAGAAAUGGGCUUUAAUGGGGCUCACUUGUUGCUUUGUGCUGCAGUCUGAUUCAGUGGCUCUGUGUAUGCUAAUUAACAGGUUAUUCUCUUUCCUUAUUUAAAAAAAAAAAGCCUCUUGUACUGGAAGUAGGUGAUUUGCUCUGAUGAUAGUGUUAUUCAAGUAUUAAGUUUGUGCUAAAAUCCCAUUGUCAUUUUGCUACAAAUGACUUUUGUUCUUUCUGUGAAAGAGAUGAAAUUGAGUGUGUUUGUACACCAACCCUUAAGAUGGUGUGUUAAUGAAGAUAUGUUAUUCCCACUUAUUUGAAGUCAUGUGAGAAACUGUAUGUUUCAGCAGUAAUAGGAGCGACUAAGGAAUGUUGGAGUGCAGAUUUGAUCAGUCUUACUGAACUGCAUCCUUAUCUCCAGUGAUUCAAUAGCUUGAAUUUCCUUUAAAAAUAAUAAAAUCAGUCUUAUUAACUUUACCAAUUGCUUUUAUAUCCAUGUGCUUUGAGCUUGUACUUCUGCAAAAUGUAAGAUUUGUCCAUGUUGAUCAGACUGUUGUAGAAGUGCAGGUAUGGUGGUCCCAGAGCAUGCAAAUUUAGCCCUUUCAAAUUCUUUUACUGUGUUUAGAUGUUCUUUUUCCAUAAUUUUCAACUGGGGGGAAAUCUCUUGCUGUUUAAAUACCCUAAAAUGACAACUGCUAAUUUGUAGGGAGCUUCAGGAGAGACAGCUAAUUCAACUGAAAAUGUGGGCUGUUGUUGGACCAACUGCCGAAGAGACUUCACCAUUUUAAGCCUCAUUGCAUCUUCGAGGGCCCUUGAAGAGGCCUAUAGGAAAGGUGCACUUAAGAUUAAGAAGAAAAAAAAAGAUUAUAAAGCCAAGUUCCUUCUCUUAUAGAAAGAUGGUGAACGUGAAACUACACAAGAAAUGUUAUCAGCUUUGAAGUGAUAGAUUUUGCUCUGUGAAGCUUGAGUUCCUUGUGUUUGGUUCUGCUUUGUUGGGUGAAAUUGGCUCAAAACUUAAUUUUUCUUAGAAGCAAGAUGAAAACUAUUAUUGUUGGUUUGUUUUGAAGGUAUGUGGGGAUUUUUCAGUGCUUUUGAUAUAAUUAAGUUGAGAUUAUGGUGACGUAUUUGAUUAUUGGACAGCAAAGACACUAAUGAGUUUUUUUUUACGUUGUCUAAAAUGAAUCUGAGCAUCAUUAGGAUACUUUGGGUUUGGUAAAGAGACUGCAUUACCAUUGGGUAAAUGACUCACAUUUUGGUGCAAUGUUUGAUGUUCAAAACAAAAUGUUCUGAUAAUAAACAAAUGUAAACUAAA